AUGUCGGCUACUGAGGACCACCCGAAAAGUGCCAGCGAACUCCGGAAGGUCGUCAAUGAGCACACUGUAGGUGCGGGAAAACUUCCUAGAGUUAAAUUUAUGACGAAAAAAGAGCGCGAGAAGAUGGCCAAGGAAAUGGAAAAGGAGAAGAAGCAAGCGGCUAAGGAGAAAGCGGAGGAUUUGAGAAAAAGACGUCGGGAGCAUCAGAAAAUGAUGGACGAUGAAUUAAGGAAGGCUAAAGAGGAGGAGAGGGAGGAAAGGAGACGUAGAAGGAAAGAGGAGGAGGAAGCCCGGCGUCGUGAGCGUGCUGCUAGGGAGAGUGAGGACGGUUCGAGGGUUUCGAGAAAGGAUAGAAAAGAAGACGAUUUUAAGAGAAAAACACAAAGCAGUUUGGCUGAGCUCCACAUGUUGAAUUUGGAUGAAAAUGAGCUUAGAAGUCGGCAAGAGGAGGCGGAGUUGGCGUUGAUCAAGAAGCGUUAUUUGGGCAUUGACAAGAUGGAAAGAGAUGACGAGAAAAGGAGGAAAUUGCAAAAACCAUCGGAAAAAUUUCGAAAUAUUUUCAAUUUCGAGUGGGAUAAUUCGGAGGAUACGAGUAAGGAAGAGACCAACGAGUUGUAUCGAAAUCGGGUCCAACCUCAACUACUCUUUGGCAGAGGCUUCAUUGCUGGUGUUGAUGUGAGGGAGCAGAAAAAGAAAAACAAUUUCUAUGAUAAACUGUCGGAAGAACGUAGGAGGAGUCACAAGCUUGGUAUAGCAUCGGGGGUUACGAUGGUAGAGGCUGCUCCUGCUGCUGCUACUGGGAGGAAGAGUAGAUCGUCACAGAUGAUGAUGGAUAGUGAUGAUGAUAGUGAUUAUGGAGCUCUUGGAAAGGGGACUCAUUGGUCGGAGAAGAAGAGCUCGGAAAUGACCAAACGUGAUUGGAAGAUCUUCAGAGAGGAUAUGAAGAUCUACCUCAGAGGGGGAAGGGUCCCCAUACCUUGCCGUACUUGGGCAGAGAGCCCCUUACCUGUCGAGUUGUUGAAGGCGAUUAACGAAGUUGGAUAUAUACGCCCUACUCCUAUACAGAUGCAGGCUAUUCCGGUGGCGAUGGAACAACGUGAUCUCAUUGGUAUAGCCGAAACAGGAUCUGGUAAAACGGCGGCUUACAUGUUGCCGAUGCUCACCUACGUCAACGCACUGCCUGCCUUGGAUAAUGUCACUGCAGAGGAUGGACCGUACGUAAAUGAAGUACUCGAUAGGAUCCCAGCAUCGAAUUUGAAGUCUUUGGAUGAGGACGAGGCGACGGAGCAGGAGAAAACGUCGAAGCAGGGAAAGAAGCGUUAUCGGAUUACUCAAAUGUUUUCCGCCACUAUGCCAACAGCGGUAGAGCGACUAGCAAGAAAGUAUCUUCGGUGCCCUGCGUAUAUAUCUAUAGGGGAUCCUGGAGCUGGUAAGAAGGAUAUAGAGCAAAGGGUGGUAUGGACUAGUGAAGGAAGCAAGAGGAAACAGUUGAAGGAAGUUUUGCGAUAUACGGAACCUCCAAUUAUCAUCUUCGUUAACGUUAAGAAGGCUGCGGACGUAUUGGGGAAAUGGAUAGAAGGCGAGGGAUAUUCGGUAUCGGUGUUGCAUGGUGGGAAGCACCAGGAUGCUCGAGAACAGAAUAUGGAGAAUUUCAGGGCUGGCUACACUGAUGUAUUGGUCGCCACUGAUGUCGCUGGACGAGGUCUCGAUAUUGACGAUGUUCAACAUGUCAUCAACUUUGAUAUGCCCAAAAACAUUGAGGAUUACACACACAGAAUCGGCCGGACUGGAAGAGCCGGAAAGAAGGGCUUGGCUACUAGUCUUCUUACUAAGGAGGACGAGCAUAUCAUGUACGAUUUGAAGAACUUCCUGGAACAGAAUGGGCAGAUUGUUCCUCAAGAGCUUCAACAUGCUCAGGCAGCGAAGUUCAAGCCGGGGACGCUGAACAAGGGACAGGAUGUUGUGUUCGUCCAAUAGUAUCCGAGGUUGACUUAUGAAAGAUACGCAUCAGCUUCCUAUCCC